AUGGAUAGAAAGUCUGCUAGAAUAAAAGCAGAGUUGCAAAGAUAUGGUUGGAGAGUUUCGAAGAAGUUUAAAUAUAGGAAGGGAAGACCCAUAAAAGUCUAUGACAAACUGGCUGGUCUGACCUACGAAAUGGAUUUGGAAACAGCACGUGCAAAUUAUCCAAACAGACUAGAGAGGUUAGAAGAAGAACGUCUUAUGGACAUGCCUUUCGAUGUUAGUGAACCUCAAGUUGAAGGACACGACGGCUUUGCCAGAUUCUACUGGAAACAUGACGAACAAUUGCAUCCUUUGAGAAGGAAAAAAGGUAGUGCAGAGGAUGGUCAUGCUCCCAUGGAAAGAACAAGAUAUGCAUAUGAGAAGUAUCGUGAAGUUAGAAGUCAAAUUACAUCUGGUCGAACCUUUACAGUAAACUUUGACGAAGGAAAGAACAAAGAAGGCUUCAUGGGUGUACUUGCUGCAAUUCAAGAUGGAAAUAAGAAAGGAUACAAUCUCAGAUUGACCAUAACAGAUUUGGAUGGUCACAUUUACUAUGCACAUGGCAAUGUCACAACAGCUGCAAUGCUUCUUGACGCUUUCAAGACUACAAAGAGAGAACAAAUGGUUGACUCCGACUCAGACAUUUUGAAUGCAAUUGAAGGAAUUGCAAGUGUCAAGUUCGAAUGGUACCAACCUAACCCUCAAGCAGUCAGACAACAUGCUGGAUACUUCCCCUUCAUAAAUAAGUCUGACAUUGACUUGACAAGGUAUGGAAUUUACAAUUCAAUUGAAACAAUUGUCAACGAACCUUGCAUUCUUACAUGUCUCAGGAACUCUGGUCUUGUUACAGAAGAGAAGAUGAAGUAUCUUGAGUCAUGUGUGAAGACAAGGUACAUUCUCAGAGGUCAAUUGGCAAAAAUUGCACCGUUGGCAAAUGUCAAUAUCCGAGUCAGCAUACCUACAGCUAAAGGUUCUUCACAUGACGACUAUGUUGUUGAGUUCAAUUUACCAUGGUUGAAGAUUGUAAUUGUCCACAACCACUUCAU